AUGCAGCGAGGCUUAGAGCAAGCCCUAGACCGUGCAGACGAGGUCAUUGCGGGAGCCCAGCAGAGACCUCCUGCAAGGAGGGUCCCAUGGGCUGAGGGUAAAUCUCUCCAUGAGAAGCUGUAUGACAUUUACGUUGAAGAAUGUGGCAAAGAGCCUGAGGUCACCGAGGAACUCACGGCCAGCGUCCACUUGCUAGAGAAGCUGGUGAGCAGAGAGUCAUUGCCAUGCUUAGUGUUCAACCUUUACCCAGGAGAUAAAGGCUAUUCUGUCAUGCUGGAUGACAAAAGUGGGUCCUUUGUAGAGACCACUUCACUACCCUAUGAAGAGAGUAAACUGUUGGAGUACUUGGAUGCACAACAGUUACCCCCUGUUUUGCUUGAUGUCCUGGACGCAACUCAGGUUAACUUUUUCCAUAGUGGGUGUGUCAUAGCUGAAAUUCGAGACUACAGGCAGUGUGUGGACCCGGCCCCUUCUGUUUACAAAAGUAGGCAUAUUCUCUUACGUCCAACGAUGCAGACUUUAGUGUGUGAUGUAGAGGCCAUUGCAAGAGAAAACCCUCGAUGGACCCAGAAAGACAAGCUCGCUCUUGAGAGCCAGCUGAUCUUGGCUACAGCAGAACCCGUGUGUCUGAACCCCUCUGUGGCAGUAGCCUGCACUGCCAACAGACUGCUGUUUAACAUGCAGAAGAUGAAUACUGCACCAAUGCAACAGUGUUUCAAGCGGCAUUCUUGGCCCGCCCUGAGCCAGCAGAAGUCAUCUGUACCUUCUUCUUCCCCUCCCUCUACAGUACUAACUGCCUGCAAAAAAGUAACAGAAAACCAUUCGAAUCUGGAACACAACUUAAAGAUCACAGAACAGAAUUACAUAGACAUGUGGAAACAGAGACCCUGUGACCUGGCUAUGCCUUCUGAAAUCGAUGUGCAGAAACAUGCCAAAGGAAAAGAGUCUUCCCAAUCUGAUGAUGAACUACUAACAUUCAGCUCACCUCUUAUACCUGAGGAUAAUCUUACGUUUGACUAUGAAACUGACAGUCAGCUAGAGGACACAAAACCAAGCAUGCUGAUGUCAAAUAAUGAUCCAUUUUGGUGUGAUAGGAUAGAGCCACAAUUUCUCUCACUCAAGAAGCUUAAGCAAAGAGCUCCAGCAGCCACAGUCACCUCCAGCUCAAGAUCAAGUUCCUCAGGUCAAGAUCCCCCUGCACACCCAGUAAGCAGCACCCGGAAGUUCCCACCUCUUGCUCCUGGUCCCAAGCCUUCCAGCCUUUCUCAGAAGCCUUCUGUGACUUUCAGAGGAGUUAGCUCACUUUCUGCUCCUACCCAGCCCUGUGCCAGCCAUUCAGGAGGAGUCAUAGUGACCCAAAACCCAGCCAGCUCCACUAACCUGAAGGUCAUCCAUGUGGUGGGCCCAGCACAAAGAGCCCAGGUUUUGGUGAGUGGUUCAGAGUCUAUGCAGCGCAGUACCAUUGGUGCCCCUACUGCUGGGGGAACCCAGCCCAGUAACCUUCAGCCGUCCAGUGCAGGGUCAGGUGGGACACAGCCACCCUCUCAGCCAAAUGUGCAAAUCAUUUUACAAAAUGCUGUUGGUCUCUCACCCGUAACUAUACUCCAGCUUCCACCUGGUUCCAUCAUUGUGAACACCCCACCCUACCCACAGCAGCAGCAGCCUCUGCCCCAAAUCCAACCCCAACCUCCCUCCCAGCCCCAGGUGUAUCAGUUCAUUACACAGCCACAGCCUCAGCAACCCACAGCGACUCUUCUCACACAGCCCAGCCCACAGGUUUCUGUCCCGGGUCUGGGCAACCAGCAGUGGGUCUUGCCUGCUGGGCAAGAUAUUGUGAUCAACCUUACUGGAGAAGGGCGUUUUGUGCAGCCCCAGGCAACUGUGUUGAGUCAGCCUGCCUCUGGACAGCAAAUAUCUGGGCAAAGAUUUCCUUCCCAGAGAGUCCAAGUCCCUCCUGUUGGGCAACAACGGGUGCAGGGACAGAGGCAGGUGCAGAGUCACCAUGUGAGAUACUGGCGGCGUCCAUCAUCUAUAGCAACAACAACCACUCAGACCACUGGCAGCACCUAUCGUAGCCAUGCCAAAGGUAGCUCCAAAAAAAGCCCACCACCCACCCCAAAGCCCUGA